AUGCAUGAUGAAAUGGACACAAUUAUUGAUCAACUAGACUCGGAACUGUUAGAAAACGAAGAUGAAUCUGUAGCUCAGAAAAGUGACCAAUCGGUAAGAGCUAUUGAUAAGCUUUGUGUAGCUUACAAGUAUAGCAAUAUAGAAGACGCAGUUAAAAGGGAACAAAAUAUUGAAUAUGGACAAAUCAGUAGUGAGUUAGAAAAACCUUUAGUUCCACAAAAUGAAAAAACACCAAACCUUGAAGAGCUGGAAGUACCUGCAGUCCUAGAAAGUGGAAAUUCUAAACAAAACAACAAUACGAGUAAGGACAAUCUCUUUGCUGGAUCAGACUUAAAUGAAGAUCCCGAUUACAUUGAAGAACAGUCCACAUCUGAUUCUUCCUCCAGCAAAAAUUCAAUAUUUCAAGAUUAUUUAUCUCUUACCGAUGAAAGAUUUAGAUGGAGCUUCAUUAGUAAAUGUGUUUCAAAGAAAGUAUCAAAAAGGCGGUAUGUAUUGGCUAAUCAAACAGAUCAUUUUUCCAGACGGCAACAUACUUUAGUAUACACCUUAACAUCUACAAGUGGAACACACCAAGUUUGCAAAAAAAUGUUUCUUGGUACUUUAGAUAUUUCUGGAAAGAAAAUUGAAACCGUUAUAAAAAAGACCUUGGAGACUGGAGUUGUAGAAGGUGAUAAAAGAGGUUUAAAUCCUGCUACCAAUAAAAUUGCAGAAGGCCGUAAAGAUAUUGUACGAAGUCAUAUAAAUUCAAUUCCGGUAGUUGAAUCACAUUAUUGUAGGAAUUCUUCAAAAAGAAUGUACCUCCAAACAGGCUUAUCAGAAACUCGCUUGUAUCAAGAUUACUUAAAAUUUUGUAAAGAGCGCCAGAAUAAAUCAGAAGAUGAAAAAUUGAGGUGCCAACAUGAAUCCGAUUUACACAUUUUGAGAAAACAAGAAGCCCGUGAACACAAAAAGGCAGAUAAAGAACUGGCCCGUAAUGAUUUAGGCUUUAGGGCCCAAACAUUGAUAACAAAUAAAAAUAAAAAUGUGGAUGGCAAUAUUAUGAGGUGGUUAGAUGUUAAAUGGUUGCAGUUUAGAAAAGAUUCACCAUUGCUAAUUUAUUACAAGAACCAGUUGAGCGACAAUGAAUUUAAACAAUUGUGCAUUAGAAGGCCUACUCGUAAGGAAAAUACUAUAAAUAAUGUAAAACAACUGUACCAAUCUCGUCUUCCAAUUGAUGGCAAUAAAUUAAAGGAUUUAGUGUCUUUAUGCAACUCAAAUAAAAUACCACCCGUUUAUCAUCAGUUUUCCCAAAAUCUAGACUCUACUGAGCGUAGCAACUCCGAUCAUUCUGAGUAGAUUUAGUAAAAUACUUUUAAUAAAAACAAUAAUUGUAAGUGGUUAUUUUUAUUGUUAAUGAUAUUAUUAGUAUUAUUAAUCACUUAUAUUAUAGUGGUGAAAGAAGCUAAGUUCUAAUUAUCUAAUAAUUAAUAAUUAUACAACUUUUUUUUACAUUUUUUCAAACCACUCUUAAAAUAAAGGACCUGUUUUCGUUUGUACCAAAUUUCAUCAUAUUCAGUA